ACCGCGCUACCGUUUGCCCAUUCGGCAGAGUAUAAAAACACGCGAAGAUCGUUCUGCUCUUAAACUUCCCAACCGCGUCCCAUCUAGUUCUCAUUUUCGCAGAACUCUUUCAACUCACCAUUCAAACCUACAUCUCGAUGGCAUUUAAGUACUCAUUCCUCUGGGCAGCCUUGGCUUGCACUGUGAUGCUGGUAAACUCAUAUCCAAAUCAACAUAAUAUACAAAAGAGAGGCAGCAUAAGGUUGUGCGGAAGCAGGUUGGUCGAGGCCCUAGGUGUAGUCUGCAGUCACAUUUAUCCCGAUCCGCCGAAGCGAAACUAUGUAUAUUCAGGAGAUAGUAUUCCCAGUUGGGAAAAUUCCUUCUCUGAACCCGAUGCAUUCGUGAGGCCACAGACAGCACUGGACUUUUUCAGCAUCAGUAAUGUACCUAGAAAUACCAGAGGUAUUGUGGAUGAAUGUUGCAGAAAAGCGUGUACCAUCCAAGAACUCCUGUCAUACUGCGGAUAAGAUAGCCCAGUCAUCGACAAGGGAAAUAAAUCUCCAUCAAAUGAUAUAUAGCCUAAUGGAUAUGUUGUCGAAUGUUAUAUGGACAAGCUAAUGCUCAGUGGUUGGGAUCGAAACGCAAACUUUUUUUAAUUGAUUUAAAUACAAAAUAAUCAAUUUAUUAGCUAGACAUAAGGUAUAAAAUAUAAACAAUUUUUUUCAAAUUUCUUACAUGUUAUAUGAAUUAUUUAAAGUAUGCAAACAGUUUUAGGAAACCUCACUGAGUAAUAAAUACAAUUACCUCUUUGGCUAAUAACCACAAAUUUUUUAUAUCAAGGUGCUUCAUUACAAUGUGCCUUCAAUUUUAGACAGAAAAUGCAAUUCGAGAAACUCAAAAUAUCUUCACAGUUACAGCUGCAUUACUUUCAUUUCCUAUCCGGAAUAAUUAAUCGUGGAUGUAAAUUUAUAUAUUUAUGAAAGAUAUUGUGUACCAAAGAGUAUUAUUAUUGGAGAUAGUAUUAUUAUUGCAAUCGUGUUUUUUCUUGCUAAUUUCAAGCAAGGCUUCGAGAAAGUUUAGAAAAGCACGAUUUCAGAAACAUAUUUCGUUUCCUCUUGAAUUUUUCUUACAAUUAACAGUUUCAAAACAUCCUUACUAUCGAUAAUAAUUUGUUUUCUAAACCAUGUGAUUUAUUCUUGAAUACUGCCCAACUUCUGACCAUUACGAUUCUGAUUAUGGUACUUAAUGUAAAACUGGAAAGUAUUGUAUUCAUCAAUUGAAACAGAUUUGAACAGUGAAAGCUUGUUUUCUCGACUGGAAAAAAUCGUGCUUUUUUUAAAGGACUUACCCUUUUGUGCUGUUAUAAAGAGAAUGUAUUUGAUGUGAUUUAUGGUUUCGAGGCAAUUUCUCACAUUUAAAUUAAUGCACAUUCUAUAUGUAGAUAUUUUUUCAUGCUUUCAUUAAACUAUUCGUUAUCUAAA